AUGAGGCAAGGUUCCAAAUCCCAGGUGGUAGUAGCAGGAGCAACAGCUGGAUUGAUUGCGAGGUACCUCUCCUCCCCGAGCUUCAAAUCCCAUCCUCACCACCCCAGAUUUGUCAUCGCUCCCCUGGACGUGGUCAAGAUCCGUCUCCAACUCCAAACCCACUCACUCUCCGAUCCGCUCACCCACCUCGACCUUCGCGGCUCCCCCAUCUACAAAGGCACCUUGCCAACCCUCCGACACAUCCUCAAGCACGAAGGCCUCACCGGACUAUGGAAAGGCAACAUCCCCGCGGAGCUGAUGUACAUGUCCUACAGCGCCAUCCAGUUCACCACCUACCGCGCCGUUUCCGCGGCGCUGCAAAGCGCGUUCGAGGAGCACAAGUUGCCCGCCGCAGCAGAGAGUUUCGUCGCCGGCGCGAGCGCAGGCGCGGUUGCGACGACGGCGACAUACCCGCUGGAUCUUCUACGGACACGGUUUGCUGCGCAGGGCACGGAGCGUAUCUACACCUCUCUCGCUACCUCGAUCCGGGACAUCGCUGCGCAUGAAGGGUCGAGGGGAUUCUUCCGGGGGCUCGGUGCCGGGGUAGGCCAGAUCGUUCCGUACAUGGGGAUCUUCUUUUCGAUUUACGAGAUGCUACGCGUGCCUAUGGGGGCGCUGCAGCUGCCGUUCGGGUCUGGGGAUGCGACAGCCGGGGUGGUGGCUUCGGUCUUGUCAAAGACGGCGGUGUUUCCGCUGGAUCUGAUCAGGAAGCGGCUGCAGGUGCAGGGUCCGACGAGGUCGCGGUAUGUGCAUAAGAAUAUUCCGGAGUACAAGGGGGUGCUGAGGACGAUGGCGGAUAUUGUAAGAAAUGAAGGGAGGAGGGGACUGUAUCGUGGGUUGACGGUCAGUCUUUUCAAAUCUGCUCCUGCGAGCGCAGUUACAAUGUGGACGUACGAGCGCGUUCUUCGGAUUCUCAUACAAAUGGAGGCCGAGAAGAAGAUUCUGGGGGCGUAA